AUGGUUGUUGUUGUUGUUAUUGUUGUUAUUGUUGUCACUGUUGUUAUUAUUGUUAUUGUUGUUAUUGUUGUUGUUGUUGUUAUUGUUGUUAUUGUUGUUAUUGUUGUUAUUGUUGUUAUUGUUGUUAUUGUUGUUGAUGUUGUUGACGUUGUUGAUGUUGUUGAUGUUGUUGAUGUUGUUGAUGUUGUUGAUGUUGUUGAUGUUGUUGAUGUUGUUGAUGUUGUUGAUGUUGUCGAUGUUGUCGAUGUUGUUGAUGUUGUUGAGGUUGUUGUUGUUGAUGAUGAUGUUGAUGAUGAUGUUGUUGAUGAUGUUGUUGAUUAUGUUCAUGAUGAUGUUGAUGAUGAUGUUGAUGAUGAUGUUGUUGAUGAUGUUGUUGAUGAUGUUGUUGAUGAUGUUGUUGAUGAUGUUGUUGAUGAUGUUGUUGUUGUUGAUGUUGUUGUUGAUGUUGUUGCUGAUGUUGUUGUUGUUGUUGUUGAAGUUGUUGUUGAUGUUGUUGUUAAUGUUGUUGUUGUUGUUGAUGUUGUUGUUGAUGUUGUUGUGGAUGUUGUUGUUGAUGUUGUUGUUGAUGUUGUUGUUGAUGUUGAUGUUGUUGUUGACGUUGUUGUUGAUGUUGCUGUUGAUGUUGUUGUUGAUGUUGUUGUUGAUGUUGAUGUUGUUGUUGAUGUUGUUGUUGAUGUUGUUGUUGUUGAUGUUGUUGUUGAUGUUGUUGUUGACGUUGUUGUUGUCGAUGUUGUUGUUGAUGUUGUUGUUGAUGUUGAUGUUGAUGUUGAUGUUGUUGAUGAUGAUGUUGUUGAUGAUGAUGUUGUUGAUGAUGAUGUUGUUGAUGAUGAUGAUGUUGAUGAUGAUGCU